AUGGCGAGGUCAGCACGUCAGAGAUACGCGGAGAUCUUUCGAGAUGUCGAGGAUCUGAUUGUUGACGAAAUCAACCAUCAGGCUUCGCCGAGUACCAAGUCGAAGCUCAGUAUGUUGGUACCAACCAUUUCACCUUUCUUCACACCACUCGCACUCGAAGACGCAUUCUAUCACCAGGACUCGAUACGAGCGAUAUCUUCGCGGCGAUUCGUUGCUCCCUCAUUCAAUGAUAUCAGGCUCAUCCUCAACACGGCGCAAAUCAUGACUAUGAUGCGGCCAAAGCUAUACCGCUCACUCUAUGUGAAGAUAUCAACUGGCUUGGAGUUGCUGACGUUCGAUGGUGAUGUCACGCUGUAUGAGGAUGGUGCAUCUCUUCACUCACCAGAAGCUAACCCCGUCAUUUAUCGGCUGCUCCAUUUUCUCGCUCACGAUGUCCGAAUCGGCAUCGUUACGGCAGCAGGAUACACACAACCAGAACGCUACUUCGACCGUCUAUCGGGGCUGCUGAUGGCUGUCAAAGAGUCUACCACACUUACACCUAGGCAGAAGUCUAACCUCAUCAUCAUGGGUGGAGAAUCAAAUUUUCUCUUGGUCUUCGACGAGCAGGCAGAGCAUUGUCUACGAUACGUACAUCGACGAGAAUGGGUGAUUGACGCCAUGAAAAAUUGGUCUGAGUCAGCCAUACAGUCCCUGUUGGACGUAGCAGAAGCCGCUUUCCAUUCGUGUAUUCGAACGCUACAUUUGCAAGCCAAAGUUCUCCGGAAGGAGAAGGCGGUCGGGAUCUACGCCGCAGACCAGUCUCAAAAGCUCACUCGAGAACAACUGGAGGAAACUGUCCUGGUAGUGCAGCAAGUAGUCGAGUCUACAAUGACUGCAUCGGGUACUGGCGAGCCAGCUGCGCAUGCUAGCAUUCCAUUCACGGUGUUCAAUGGUGGAGCUGAUGUCUUUUGUGACAUUGGGGACAAAUCAUUGGGGGUCCAGGCAUGCCAGAAAUGGUUCGGAGGCAUCUUGCCCUCUCGGACACUGCACGUAGGCGAUCAAUUCUUGAGCGGAGGGGGAAAUGAUUUCAAAGCACGUAGUGCUUGCUGCUGUGCCUGGAUUGCGAAUCCUGCGGAGACGGUGUCGUUGCUGGAUGAAAUUAUAGCAAUGCAGGUGAAGGUGUCGUAG